AUGCCUGGACAGGGCUGCCCGAAAUGCGACGACGGUGCGUAUUACCGCAUCGGCACGAAGGGUCAGGCGUGGGGCGCCGCCGAGCGCAGCAUGUGGUUGAAUCAAACGCGGAGAAAACGCUCCUACCAUGACGAGGUGCUCAGCAAGCUCGAUGCUUUGGGUGAGGGCUUGGUCGUGCAUGAUUAUGGAUCGCUUUCGACGGCGCCCGAGCGCUACCCGCUGAAGGCCGUCACCACCGCAGACUGGGACGGAAACAAGCCAUGCGUAUUGACGUCCGGCGUCCAGGGGGCGAUUCUCUUUCUACACACGAAGCUCGCCGAGUACCGGGACUCGUUCAACAUCUGCGUCGCGCCCUGCGUGUCGCCCUUCGGCUACGAGCACCUCCUCGCGUUCCUCGAGACGCUUGACGCGCCGGCGGGCUGGGUUCUGCACCUGGACCUCCACGAGACGACGGACACCGACGAGAGCGAGUUCAUGCCCGCGCGCGCCGCGGAGAAGGGCGAGCAGUACACGCCGUGCGAGAUUCCGGACGGGUUCUAUUGCGUCGGCGACUCCCGCAACCCGCAGCUCGCGUUCCACCGCGCGAUCAUCGACGCCGUGCGAGUCGAGACGCACAUCGCGCCCGCCGUCGACGGCGUCAUCAUCGACGAGCCCGUGGUGCAAGAAGGUCUCAUCGUCGUGCCCGCCGCCGAGCUCGGACUCUGCUGCUCGCUGACGAAGGCGCCGUUCGUGACGACGACGGAGGUCUACCCGGACAGCCCGAAGACGACGCCCGACGCGUGCAACCGCGCGCAGCGCGCGGCCGUCUGCGGCGCCCUGGACUACGUCCUGGCCCACGCCGCCUGA